AUGUCUGACUGGGUAGUAUCAAAGGAGAAGAGGGUGCCCAUCGAUCACAUUUCACGGCGGAGGAGCUUCCCUGUAAGACCUCCGCCACUCCGGAUUUACAACCCUAUCAAGGUGAUUGGAUUCGAUGGUAGCCUGCGCGUUCCUAAGUAUAGAUUCUGGAAUCCAUUCAUGCCGGAGAACGUGCUGAAGGCAGCGUAUGUCCCAGUGGUUGCUCAUCCUUUUGGCAAUCGCACGAAAACACAGCUACCUAGAAGUGACAAUGGAAUAUCGUCGAUACAUAACCUUCAAUCGGUGUUCGACGCGGUAGACAGGCAGAUGGAUGCCUGGAAUCGUUGGAUUUUCGGGGACCCUGUACGGGCAAGUCACACGGCAGGAGCAUAUAGAGAUGCCCACUCGCUCAGCGACUUCAUGGAUUUCGGCAGGUCAUUGUUUGACAGUUGGGACGAUCAGGUGGAAUCGGUGAACGACAACCAUGCGUAUGAGAGGGACCACCCUUCGCGGUACCGCGACAGCGUUUCGGUUGCAUCCGAAGAUUUGCGCAACUAUCGCAUCGCGACUGACCGCGCAAACCGGGAUUUCCAAAGCAUUCAGUCGCGACUGGGUUAUCAAGAUGGUAAUGUUGACGACGAACGCCAUAACGACAUGCUUCCCGUAUGGCGCCCCGCCUCUGGAGCUAACAAAAGCGACGAUAGGAAGUACUAUAAGAUGACCUUCCAUCUACCAGCAUUCAACGAGGAAGAUGUCAAGAUCGCUAUUCGUGAAGGUGUGCUAACUGUGCGCGCAGAGGCCAACGAGGUAGCGCAUGAUGAAAAUCGUUCUGUUGCACGGCGCUCACAAAGAUUCCACCACACAGUCAGCUUGCCAGAUGACGCUGAAGCAAGGCUGGCGAAGGCGAAAUUCGCCAAUGGUACACUAACUGUAAAAAUACCCGUAAUGUGCUGA